UUCAUUAUAAUCGAGGGCGGUGGAAAAAGCCGUUAAGGGAAAGGAGUUUUCAUAAAGAAGCUUCAAGACGACGGCCCGUAAUGAUAAGUACUCGUAUCGAAAACUAAGUGAGCAACGGCCCACGUGGCGCAUCUCCAAGCAACAUCCUUUUUGACCUCUUCAUACUAACAGUUUUGACACUUGCCAAAUUCACGGUACAACGAUGGCCCGUGAAUGUAGUAUGUGACUGGACAUUAAUCAAGUAUUCCUUAAACACCGCAACUAUCUGACGGUGAUUGGCAAAUCCAACACAAACCAUGACGAGUUUCGGGAGCGGAACACCUGCAGCUCCGAGCGGAGAUGAUAAUUUUGUCUGUGCAUUACCGUCAAAGGGGAUCAGUCGGCGGUUUCGGUGGCCGAGAGCAUGCGAUCGACGGCCGGAGGUGUAGUUGUUCCUAACCGACUAACGGAUACGGAAACCCAGCUGAAGAUCUCCGAAGGACUUCCCUUAUGGUUCAAUCAGAAAAAGAGAAAGUAUCUCAAGCACAUGUUGCACCUCUUCAAUACGGGAAUUGCGAUGUUUGUUGGCGAUACUCAUGCAUACCUCAUAAAGAUUAAAACAGUGGAAAUAGGCGAAACACCAAAGCACAUUGAAAUGAGGUAUCUUUCGUCAAUGAUAGUGAAACUGGAUGCCGAGCAGGAGGGCGGGAUUACGUACUUCAGCUCGGACGAAGGGUUGAGUAUGCUAAAAACCGGCAAUAAAGGGGAGACACACGUACUGCUGGAUCAUUUUGCAAAUCAAAAACUCCAACCACAGAACUGCAAAUGCCAGGAGAAGGUGUCGCCUUGUAAGUGCUACAUGGAGCCGCGGAAACUGCUCAUGGCGGAUCCUUCGGUGUUCCAGCAGUUCACCGGGACAACGGGCGGCUGCUAGAACAGCAGCGCACCAAUCGCUGUAUGGUUGUGUACAGGACGGUAUGACUGCACACUGGUUGUUUUCCUCGCUGUUCUUGGAUGCGCACAUAUUUGUUCUUACCGUUUUACAUGUUUUCUUCGCUGGUUGCCGUUUGCUCUGCUUUCUGGCUGGCACGCUAGAAACCUGAGUGAGCUUUACUUCUUCCUGCUAAUAAACAAAAUGAUUAUCA